ACCGAAUUCCAUGUCUCAGAUCUUGUAAUAGUGGAUGUGUAUUGAAGGAUACUUGAGGAAAUUAAUAAUAUUGGUUUCCUACGUAAGGAAAACCAGCAAACCGAUAUUAGAGUAAAAUUAAUGAUUCUCAAGAUGGAACUUUCUCUGGUGCUAAUUUUUCAUUUUGUAAUUAUAACGAAAUGUCUGAAAACUCUCAGUUCUUUUGGCAAAGAGUCGCAGCUCACGGUGGUUGGUGCUCACGGGAAUUAUUCGUGGCCGGUGAGGGACAAAGCUGUGCGUGUGGGUGGGGAUAUCGUAUUGGGAGCAUUGCAUAUGGUGCAUGAAAGAAGCGAAGAUAAAAUUUGUGGCCCCAUCAUGCCUCAAGGCGGGGUGCAAGCCCUGGAGACAAUGCUCUACACUCUUGAUAUCAUAAAUGCCGACAAGAGAUUGCUCCCCGGGAUAGACCUAGGCGUGUUAGCCAAGGACGACUGCGAUCGGGACAUUUACGGACUGGAGCAGGCAGUCGAUUUCAUCCGAGGUUCUAUAGCAAACAUUGGAGGAUCCGCAUACAAGUGCCAUGACGAGUCGGAUCCGGUUAUUCCAGGAGUGAUCGGAGCGCCAUCUAGUGUUACCUCAAUACAAGUAGCAAAUCUCCUAAAGCUGUUCAAAAUCCCACAGGUGAGUUUCUUUUCCACCAGCACGGUGCUGAGCAGUAGAGACAGGUACCCAUUUUUCUUACGAACCAUUCCCUCCGACGUCCACCAGGCGCAGGCCAUGGUAGAGCUAGUGCGCGUGCUCGGAUGGACCUAUGUCUCUGUUGUUUACGAGGAAUCUAGUUAUGGCAUGCAGGGUUUUAACGAAUUAGAGAAGCUGCUGAAGGCCGGCGAAAUCUGUAUUGCGGCGACAGAAAAGUUGAUAAAAGACUCCGGUGUGGCUGGACAAGCUACCUAUGACAAGACCGUGGAAAGGCUGCUAGACAAGUCCAACGCUAGGGGCGUAAUUGUAUUUGGUUCAGACCAAGAGGUGGGGGAAUUAAUGCAGGCUGUCCGGCGGAAGAAUGCAUCUGGUUGGUUUUCCUGGAUCGGAAGUGAUGGCUGGGGAGGGAGGAGUCUUGCUGUCAAUGGAAACGAAAUGGAGGUAGAGGGAUCCGUGACGGUUCAGCCAUUGGCAUUUGAAGUGAGAGGUUUCAAAGAGUAUUUCCUCAAUCUCACGCCUCAGAACAAUCGGCGAAAUCCGUGGUUUGUGGAAUUCUGGGAACAACAAUUCAAAUGUAAAUACCCCGGAAGCAGUUGGACGCCAUACAAUGAUGGGUUUAAUGUGAACUGUAGCGGAAAUGAACGACUUUCUUCAGAAGAAUUCGAAAUGGAAGCACAGCUUCAAUUCGUUAGUGAUGCUAUCAUGAGUUUUGCCCAGGCAUUGACUAAUAUGCAUGCCGAUUUCUGCGAAGGCAGACCGGGUCUUUGUGAUGCAAUGGUGCCUAUUGAUGGGAAACUUCUGAAAGAAUAUUUGGUCAAAGUAAAUUUUACAGGGUUAUCUGGACAAGAGUUUGUUUUUCUUCCAAAUGGUGAUGCCUUAGCGCGAUACCGCAUCCUUAACUACAGGCAGGUGGAAAAGGGACGCUUUGAAUGGAAGACCAUUGGCUUUUUCUUGGGAAAACAUUUAUUUCUCGAUAGUCAAUCAUCAAAAAGAAUAUACAACAUGAAUCAGAUGGUCGAUAUGAAGUUUCGCUGGGAUGAGCCAAAACACCCCGAAUCUGUGUGUAGUCGACCGUGUCGGAAGGGGGAGGCACACCACAUGAUUGAUGGCUCCGCGUGCUGCUGGACAUGCUCUCCCUGUCAUCUCUUCCAGUACCUACCUACAAAGUACGCAUGUGUGGACUGUCCCUCGGGAACUAUUCCUAGCUUUGAUAGGCAGAGCUGUAUGGAAAUACCGAUUAUAUACCUCAGGUAUACAGACGCCAUAGCGCUGGUUGCCAUGGCUUUUGCUUCCAUUGGUAUCAUAGCAACUGCUAUAGUCAUGGUGGUCUUCGUAAUAUAUAACGACACCCCGGUCGUCAAAGCCUCAGGUCGUGAAUUAAGCUUUGUUCUUCUUUUGGGAAUUUUUAUGUGUUAUGCCAUGACCUUCAUACUUGUAUCGAAACCACAUGAAAUCACAUGUGGCGCACAGAAAUACUGCAUUGGACUUUCAUUCUCCAUAGUGUAUUCUGCCAUUCUUACGAAAACCAACAGAAUUGCUCGAAUAUUCAGAGCAGGGAAAAAGACUUCAAAGCGACCGCGUUUCAUCAGUCCACGCUCUCAGCUCUUCAUCUGUGGCGCUUUUGUUGCAGUUCAGAAUGCUGUGGGAAUAGUAUGGCUGUUACUUCGUCCACCCCGUGCGGUUGCUUACCAUGCGGACCGUGACGAUCAUCAGCUGGUGUGUAACGAUGCAGUUGGGGCCUGGUACAUGGUUGGAUUCACUUAUCCUAUAGUUCUCGUUAUAAUAUGUACAUUCUACGCCUUUGUCACGAGGAAUAUUCCAGAAGCAUUCAACGAGUCAAAGUAUAUUGGAUUUACCAUGUAUACGACUUGCAUAAUAUGGUUAGCAUUUGUGUCAAUUUAUUUCAGUACUGAACAUAACAUACAAAUUCGAAUAGCGACCAUGUCAUUUUCCAUCAGUUUAAGUGCCACUGUAGGACUGAUUUGUAUGUUUGCCACAAAGUUAUAUAUUAUAAUUCUUCAUCCGGAGAGAAACGUUCGACAAAGUUUGCUGGCAGCGAAGCCCGGAAUGCCAUCUCCAAAACUCAACAACUGUUAUUAUAGCAUUAAUUCUACUUGCCAUUCCAACGGGCGACAGGACACCGCUCAAUCUGCUCAGUCAGAGGAUGGAGACAUGGAGAUGGUGAAUCGACUACGACCCUCUUCCUCAUUCAGCAGCAGUAUUAGUAGAUCUACUUGUGCUACACAGACUCUAACUUACGGCUCCAGCAUCAGCACCCAAACACUGGACGCCAUUUCUCGGGGCCCGGACGAUGUCCAGCUGUAGUGGUUUGACAACCGAACCCUAUAAGUGGACAAUCAAACCCCGAGUCUACUAAAAAUCAAUCAACAUAUAUUGGUCUUUCCAGAAACUUUCCAAGGUUUACUUACAUUCUCUGGGUACUAUCAUUGUGAUGUUUCACUGAUUUUAUUUGAUGGAGAGUAUCAGAUCUACUUUAUGAAUAUUUUACUAUAUAUUUUUCUUUCUUCCAUUUUCUGUGUUAUGUAAAUAACGAAACUAUUCACAUCAAUUUUGUAUCUCAUGCAACAUAAUGUAACAAAA